AUGUUGUCGAUCUGUCGUUCGGCCGUUUUCCGUGGGUCCGGGCCUCGUAGAUUCUGUCGCAUCAGGUAUGUUCCUUACGUCAAGCCUAUCUAAGUUUCUCUCUUUGUUUGCACUGGCUCACUUUUGUUUGAUAAUAAUCUCAGGGGGUUUCCCUUCUGUUGUUAUGGUUGGAGACCUCCUGGACCGGAGAUUUUGGCAUCUAAAAGUCAUGCGUAGAGGCCGAUUAACUGCCUACCUAUUCGGGACCGGCCUGCUGGGCAGUGUGAUGGUUAUCCUGCUGCUGCAUGUAGAUUUGGCCGACUCAUUGGCGUUGCGGUUCGUUGAAAGUUGAGCUGGGAUUAGGGCUGGAAUGAGGGCACUUUUGUCUUGGGGGGCUUCCCCUCGUGGCCCUUUGUAGAAUUACAUUUAUUUUCUCGUUAUGACUAGAAGGGAUAUAAAUAUCUAACUCAAUAUGUAAUGCCUCGCCAAAUUUUCCAUGAUAUGAUAGUCAGAUGUUGUUGUAGUAGUAAGAGGUUCGUAUCCUUUCCUAGGGUUUUUUUUCAACUUAUUCUUUGUUUUUUUAGGAAUUUGGCUGUUGAUCCGAAUCGCCGUUCAAGCUCAGUGUCUUUGGGUGAUCAACGCCGUCAAACGAUUAGUGGAAGUCUGAGAACAAUGGCACCAAAAUAUCAGGUUAUUGAGAAGGGAUCCCUCUACUCGCUGGACUAUAGAAUAUACUUCAGUAAGCAUUCUUUUCUUGAUUUAUUUCCUGUUUCAGAGGGGCCAGAAGGAUUGGUGUCCCCAUGGCAUGAUAUCCCACUCUUUGCCAAUCAGAGUGAUUUUAUUUGCAACAUGAUUGUUGAGAUUCCUCGAUGGACCAACGCCAAGAUGGAGGUAAAGGUUUUUCUGGUUUUCAAUAUAUUGGUUUAGAUUGCCACUAAAGAUCCAUUGAAUCCCAUCAAGCAAGAUGUGAAGAAGGGAGUCCCCCGAUUUGUUCAUAAUAUCUUCCCUCACAAAGGGUACAUCUGGAACUAUGGAGCUCUCCCACAAACCUGGGAAGACCCUAAUCAUAUCGAUGAGAACACGGGAGCUGCUGGAGACAAUGAUCCUAUUGAUGUUCUUGAAAUCGGGGACACUGUUCGUGCCCGAGGAUCCGUCGUCCCUGUUAAAAUCCUUGGAGUUGUUGGACUUCUGGAUGAAGGAGAAACGGACUGGAAGUUGAUCACGAUUGCUGUGGAUGACCCAUUGGCGGAGAAGUUGAAUAACAUCCAGGAUGUGGAGAAGGUAAAGCCCGGACUCCUGGCUGCCACCCAUGAAUGGCUCAAGGUCUACAAGAUCCCCGCUGGGAAGCCCGAGAACACCUUCGCUUUCAAUGGAGAGUUCAAGGACCGCAACUUUGCUAUCAAUGUGAUUGAAGAGACCCACAAAUACUGGAAGCAAUUCGUUUCCGAUCCUAACCCAGAAAAACUUAAUAGGUGUGUUAUGCCCUUUACUAUUCCAUUGUAUUGCUUUUAGUGAGUGCCACGUCAAAAACGCCGCUCAUCCUGCUGAUGACGCCAAGUGGAAGGAGAUUGUGGAUAACAGCCCUCCAGUUCAGCAAGAGAAGCCCCUCCCCAACGACGUUGACAAGUGGCAUCACAUCUCCAAGAUCUAA